CACACAACACUCGUCUCCUCUCCUCUCAUCUGACAUCUCCUCCCGUCCCUUGGAAGCCUCUCGAAUCGCAUCGCCCCUCGCGCAGAUGGCGGCGGCCGCCGACGUGAAGCUGGAGAAUCUCCGCGCCGCCGUCGACAAGCUCGACCAGAUCAGCGAGAACGAGAAGUCCGGGUUCAUCAGCCUCGUGUCGCGCUACCUCAGCGGCGAGGCGGAGCAGAUCGAGUGGAGUAAGAUCCAGACCCCGACCGAUGAGGUGGUGGUUCCAUACGACACACUCUCGCCGGCUCCCGAAGAUCUCAGCGAGACGAAGAAGCUGCUCGACAAGCUUGUCGUGCUCAAGCUCAAUGGAGGGCUCGGGACGACCAUGGGCUGCACUGGUCCCAAGUCUGUCAUUGAAGUCCGCAAUGGCUUUACGUUUCUAGACCUUAUUGUGAUUCAAAUUGAGUCCCUGAACAAGAAGUAUGGAUGCAAUGUCCCUUUGCUUCUAAUGAACUCAUUCAACACUCAUGAUGACACACAGAAGAUCGUUGAGAAGUACUCCAACUCCAACAUCGAAAUUCACACUUUCAACCAGAGCCAAUAUCCGCGCAUUGUUACUGAAGACUUCUCGCCACUUCCAAGCAAGGGGAAAACUGGCAAGGAUGGCUGGUAUCCCCCAGGCCAUGGUGAUGUGUUCCCCUCCUUGAACAACAGUGGAAAACUUGAUAACUUGUUGGCACAGGGCAAGGAGUAUGUCUUUGUUGCGAACUCAGACAACUUGGGUGCUAUCGUUGACAUCAAGAUCUUAAACCACCUGAUCCACAACCAGAACGAGUACUGCAUGGAGGUUACUCCAAAAACAUUGGCUGAUGUUAAAGGUGGUACCCUCAUCUCUUACGAAGGGAGAGUUCAGCUCUUGGAGAUUGCUCAAGUCCCUGAUGAGCAUGUGAAUGAAUUCAAGUCAAUUGAGAAGUUCAAGAUUUUCAAUACCAACAACCUAUGGGUGAACUUGAAGGCCAUCAAGCGGCUGGUAGAAGCUGAAGCGCUUAAGAUGGAAAUCAUUCCUAACCCUAAGGAAGUUGAUGGUGUGAAAGUCCUGCAACUCGAAACUGCAGCUGGAGCAGCCAUUCGGUUCUUCGAAAAAGCAAUUGGCAUUAAUGUUCCCCGUUCAAGGUUUCUGCCGGUGAAGGCUACAUCUGAUUUGUUGCUUGUACAGUCUGAUUUGUACACCUUGGUUGAUGGCUUUGUCAUCCGCAACCCAGCCAGAACAAACCCAACAAACCCUUCAAUUGAGCUUGGACCUGAGUUCAAGAAGGUCGCCAAUUUCCUGGCCCGGUUUAAAUCAAUCCCCAGCAUUGUCGAUCUUGACAGCUUGAAGGUCUCUGGUGAUGUCUGGUUCGGCGCUGGAAUUACACUCAAGGGCAAGGUGACCAUCACUGCCAAGUCUGGAGUGAAGUUGGAGAUCCCAGAUGGAGUCGUGCUUGAGAACAAGGACAUCAACGGCCCGGAGGAUCUUUGAGGCUGCUCACAGAGACCUACAGACCCCGUUUUGCUGAGCAUAUUUUGUAAUUGUCGUGUGCAUUCGGCAGCUUGGGUUCGAUGAGCCCAUUACAGAAUAAUUGUAAUCCUCUUGGUGCAUCUGUACUAGUGUUUUUGGUGUGCCAAGGACGUGUAUUCCAUUUACUUAAAUGAUCCCGUAAUAUCAUAGUUUUGCAUACACU